AUGGCUUCGGCAAUGUUGAAACGGACGGCGAUGAUGAAGUCGAUCGCCGGAAGUCUGAGAGCAUCGAGGGCUUACGCAUCGCUUGCAGUGGGGACCGAUCUGGUCUCAGCCGCACCGGAUGUUUCUCUCCAGAAAGCUCGGAGCUGGGAGGAUGGCGUCUCCUCUAAGUUCUCCACUACCCCCCUCAAGGACAUUUUCAAGGAAAAAAAAGUCAUCAUCUUUGGGCUUCCCGGUGCAUACACAGGAGUUUGUUCAGCCCAGCAUGUACCAAGUUACAAGAAUAACAUUGAUAAGUUCAAGGCCAAAGGGAUUGAUUCGGUGAUAUGCGUAGCUGUCAAUGAUCCAUAUGUUUUGAAUGGCUGGGCGGAAAAACUUCAAGCCAAAGAGGCUAUUGAAUUUUAUGGUGACUUCGAUGCUAGCUUCCACGAGAGUCUGGACUUAACAAUAGAUCUCUCUGGUGCUUUGCUUGGACCUCGCUCCCAUAGAUGGUCAGCAUACGUGGUUGAUGGGAAGGUGAAGAUUCUUAAUGUGGAGACAGCGCCAUCGGAGUUCAAGGUUUCUGGUGGAGAAGUGAUUUUGGGACAGAUCUAA